AUGUAUGACAAGCCGUUUGAACUGGCCUGGACGAGGCCGAUGGGCUCGAUAAUCUUUGUUCGGAACUCAUUCCUCAAUGAGCCACUGCCAGUUGCUCUUGUAGCUUACAAUAACCCAGAAAUGGUCUAUGAACAGUUACAAACCGAUGUUGGGUAA